AGAGAAGGGGUAUCACCGCUUCCGGACCCCGGCCUGGACUUGAAGGCAAAGAGAACCACAAAUCCCAGCGUCACCCGCGGCCUUAGAGCCCCGCCCAUGACAAACUACAGGUCCCGGUAAGCACCGCGUUAGUUCUUAUGGCGCCUGCCGGGUCGUGGUGACGAAAGUAGUUGCCAUGGAGUUGCCCUGAGUAACCGUGAGGCAGUGGCACGCCAAGACUGGAGAGGAAGCGACUGCGGGGAGUAUUUCCAUUUUAACCGGAAACAUCCCUGAACCCACAGGAAUGAAUCCCUAAUGGUGGAGUUUCAGGCAUCAGUGACAGGCUGAACCCGGACUCCCAGGGCACCUGCUUUUACCUGAUGAAUGAUGGCCUGAACUAUGAACAAACGGGACUAUAUGAACACUUCGGUACAGGAGCCCCCACUUGACUACUCCUUCAGAAGCAUCCACGUCAUUCAAGACCUGGUAAAUGAGGAGCCAAGGACAGGACUACGACCACUGAAGCGUUCAAAGUCAGGGAAAUCACUGACCCAGUCCCUGUGGCUGAAUAACAAUGUUCUCAAUGAUCUGAGAGACCUCAACCAGGUGGCUUCACAGCUUUUGGAGCACCCAGAGAACCUGGCCUGGAUCGACUUGUCGUUUAAUGACCUGACUUCCAUUGACCCUGUCCUAACAACUUUCUUCAAACUGAGUGUCCUCUAUCUUCACGGCAACAGUAUCCAGCACCUGGGGGAGGUGAAUAAGCUGGCUGUCCUUCCUCGGCUCCGGAGCCUGACACUCCAUGGGAACCCCAUGGAGGAAGAGAAAGGGUAUAGGCAAUAUGUGCUGUGCACCCUGCCCCAUAUCACCACGUUCGACUUCAGUGGGGUCACCAAAGCAGACCGCACCACAGCUGAAGUCUGGAAACGCAUGAACAUCAAGCCCAAGAAGGCCCGGAUCAAGCAGAAUAUACUUUGAGGCUCCCACGACCCUAGUAGUCCUAAAGGCCUGAGAAUAGACAGCAUGGUUUGACAAUAAAUGAUUUGAGCUGUUGAGCAGAUGAGAAGUCACUUACACCUUGUAGAGAUGUUCUCUAACUCAGGCAACUGCAAGUAGCUCUAGCCUUUUCUUUUCUUUUUUUUUUUUUGAGACAGAGUCUCACUCUGUUGCACAGGCUGGAGUACAGUGGCACGAUCUUGGCUCACAGGAACCUCUGCCUCCCAGGUUCAAGAGAUUCUCCUGUCUCAGCCUCUCCAGUAGCCGUGAUUAUAGGCGCACACCACCAUGACUGGCU